UGUUCGUCCAGACGGCUAUGGACGGAAGCUGAUUUCCAACAGGAACUUUGCAUUGAGGCAACGAACAUUCGAAUUUAUGCCAUCAUGUCGUUCAGUUGCUCCGUGUUGGAUAUAAUAUCCAACGUGAUGAUGACGUUACAUUUUCAAGGAAUCAACCGUGAGUUUAAUUGCCAUGCUUAUAAUGCCACGGUUGGAGUUUCCGCCUUCACGGUCAUCUCAUGCGCAAUGUUUGUGUUCAAUCUGAUGGACGACAUCAGCACUAUUGCCAGCGGGUCAGAAACGGUAUGGCUCAGUCGCUUGUCGAAAGCUACGAGUUUGAUCACCCAGGAACUGCCGAUCGCUAUUUGCUUAUUAAUAAUCAUCUUGUGUGAACCCACCAGCGCCGAGUUCGCUGCCCCCACCCUAUUGGUUUUGCUUAUUAAACUGGUAUCUCUCAUUUCCGGAACAGUGAAGAUGAUCAAACUGAAGUUUUUCUUCUACUUUUUGCCGUGCAACCAGCAAACUUCAUCUUCGCCGUCGUCAAAGUCAUACGAGUUCUUAACCACCAGCCAUUGUUCAAUAAAUAAUUCUUGUUUGAAUGCCCUGAUGGUUUUUGUCAGCCUGUGUCAGCUCUCUGCCAUUUGUCUGGUGAUCAUUAAUAUAUGCAUUUGCUCUAAUAUUUAG